AUGACUAGAUCUAGUAUUCGUGGCACACUGCAAACCAGACAUCGUGUGCUGCCUGGGUUGGCCGCAAGAUUGGAAAAGACCAAAGGCAGGAUUGAACGUUGGGUACCGUUCCCGUUCUACUGCAACAGAUUGACAACAGGUGCUUUCAUGAUUUUGAGAAGCACAGACAACAAUAUGAAGAAUUUUUACCAAUAUUACAGGAUGUCUGUUAGCUCAUUUGAUGAACUUUUACAUCUUGUCAGUGACGGUCUGAUGAAGAAAGAUACCAACAUGAAAAGGAGUAUUGAGCCAGCUGAAAGACUUGCUAUAACCAUCAGGUAUUUGGGCUGUGGAAUGAACUUCAGUGACCUUGAAUUCGAAUAUCAAGUAUCAAGAAAAACAAUACGUCUCGUUGUUGAGGAGACCUGA